AUGAAGCAAUUGAAGGAGCUGCAAGGUGAGGUGGGGGAUAGCGUGGCAGUAAGCAGAGUGUCUAAGGGGAAGUGGAAGCCACCUGAUGGUAGUUUUGUAAAGCUAAAUGUGGAUGGUGGGGUGGUGGAAGGGCUUGGCUCGUCUGCCGGGGCUGUGAUGAGAAAUUUUGUAGGGGAAGCUCUGCUUGCUGGUGCGUGGUGUAUGGAGGAACGCUGGCAGCCUGCUGUUAGUGAGGCCAUGACGUUGCUGGUGGGGCUAAGGGUUGCGGUGGAGAAUGGGUUCAGACGCAUCAUUGUGGAGAGCGACUGUAUUGGGCUUGUGAACGCAUUGCAAACACGAGAGAGGAGUAGUAGCAACGUGCACCUUAUUUAUGAUGAUAUCUAUCAUGUUUGUAACUCCUUAGAGAGUGUAGGUUGGAGCUUUGUUCAUCGGGUGGGAAAUAAAGUGGCUCAUGAGCUUGCUCAUUACUCGCCAUGGACUAUAGGUAGGAAGAUUUGGGUGUCUAAUUUUCCUUGCAUUUUAUCUUUGUUAAACUCUGAUUCUCCCAUGAAUGAAAGCUAA